UGAUCGACCCGAGGAACUGUGUAAUGGCCACACCAUAAUAACAUUUCGUAUAAAGUUCACGUGUGUGGCACCCUUUCGUUACGGCGGUGAUCUUACUCCUGGAGAAGGUGUCCUCCUGCUCGUGUUAUAAAGUGAUUUGGGAUUUACUUAGUUGUCACCUCUAACGUCAUCCGUUGGGAUUAUACAGGAAUUACCUACUGCUGUUGUUGUUUAACGUCGCUGCAUUUCUGUGCAUUUGAUCAGGGAUAAACAUGGAAUUCAGGAUACAUCCAGGUCUACUUGCAACAAACAGUAUUCUUCCUGGGUAACAAACACUUCAAAAAGGGGACACCUGGGUUAGAGGUACACCUUGGUUAGAGGAACACCUGAGAUUCCAGGUGCUUUAUCAUCAACAGGUGUGACAACAUGGAAAAGAUGACGAUGGAGAAUCUAAUUGAUGUUGAUGGUCUGUCUGAGGAGGAGCGUGCUGUCAUCCUCAAUGUCCUCAAGCGUGAUGAGAGCCUCCGCAAAACAGAAAGCCUGAAAGUGCGGCAGUUACGAUUGGAGAUCCAGUCAAUACGAAUGAAAAGUGUCCUUAGGGAUGGGGAUGACCUGUCCAAAAUGUGUGCCCGUUGUCAUAGCGAACUGGGCUUCCUAUUCAACAGAGGCGAGAUUUGUCCCACCUGUCAUUUCAAAGUGUGCAAGCUUUGUCAGGAGACGUUACUUAAUGGGAAAUGGUUGUGUUCCCUAUGUUACAAACAGAGGCAGCUGAAAUGGCUCCAGCAGGACGGAGUACAAAAUAGUUCUGGACUGAAGCGCUGGCCAUCAGGAGCAGACCUGGUCAAGGCAUCCAUACGCAAGACAUUGGUUAUCGCAGAUCCAGGUGCAGAAUCUGAUCCCGGUGCUGAGACUGGAUACAAACUGAAUGGUGCUACAGUCAGAAACGGAUCCAUUCAUAAAGAUAAGAGUCCACAAGAUGCUGAACGCAUUGAGUAUCCAAAAGAUUCGGACAAACGUAAGCUCACACAAUUGUUUGAUGCAUUUAAAAUGCAAAAAAAGACGGACAGUCCCGAGAGAAGGCUCCAGCAACAGACGUCAGUUCGCAGAGCGACGUCACGGAGAUAUGGCACUGAUACAGAGUCAAGUUCUUCGUCAGAUGAGGAUGUGUCCUCAUCACUUCCAGCUUCCAUGUUAACAACAGUAUCUGUACAGAGUUCUCCAGCGUCCUCCAGGGUGUCGGGAUACAACACAACGGCAUCAGAGUUCGAGGAAAUACAUGUUAGUGAUUCUGUGUUACAUAAAACUUCAGAGAGCGUCAACAGCAGCCCUCGGAAAUCCUUACAAAGAAAACAUUCAUAUGAUUCUGAUCAGACUAUACAUUCAGAUGAUGCCCCAUUUUCGAAAAGUAGUACAGAAACUCAGAUAAGAGUUGAAGUCCAUUCAGAUGCCUCAUCAACACAAAGUGCAGACAUUGUUCGACCAAAAACAUCCCCAUCAAAAAGUGCAUCAUCUAAUUCUCAAAAUAGUUAUAGCAAGGUAAGACAAUCAAGUAAAGAGGGAUAUGUGAAAGUGACAAGGAAAGAGAGUUCUUCUUCACAGCGUUCCACUUCACCAGAGAUGGGAGGCAUGCGACAUGUGCAAGUCUCUCGACAGUCUGUUCUCCAGCCGGGGAGAUCCCCAUCUCCUUAUUCUUUUGAUAGUAUUCCGUCUUCCCAUGCCAAUUCUCCAUUACCACGACAACGGAUUUUGGAUCAAACUUUGGAUUAUCCACUUCAAAAAAAUUCUUCAGAGGAUACGGAUUCGUUGUCACGGUUUAGUGGCACGGAGUACAGUGGUACAGAAUCGUCCUACCAUAUACGGGACGGCAGUAGUGGGGGAGACGAUCUCAUGAUGGAUGACAUCUCUAAAGUUAAAUUUCAUAAGUUGUCAAAGAAAAUUGAAAAAUCCAGAUCCAGGUCGCCACAUUCACCAAACACAAAGAAAGACAUACCACCUAAACUGUCCCCACGAGCCAGCUCUGAGGGGUCGGGGAGCCUGGAAGAUAGCGGCCAUGUCAGUGGCACGUCCACGCAGGACAACACACCUGAACAUCGACGUACAGAUAGUAUACAGAGCCAGAUGUCCGUCCCCUCUACAUUGUCUACAGUUACCGAUGUCAGUAAUAAGGAGGAUGACAGUGAGGCUGAUAUAGACGAGCUAGUAGCCAGCCAUAAGGCCUCAACCCAGAGUUCCUAUGGGAGUAGUCGUGGCAACCUCCUGUCCACUGUAGCUGACAGUCGGGAGAGUAUCGCUAGUUUCUAUAGUGAUGCUGGUGGAGUGAAUUAUGGGAAGGUUCCUAUCACGGGUGAGAUACAGUUUGGCCUGGACUAUAACUACAGGACUGGGUCACUGGAGAUAGCCAUCCGACAAUGCAAGGACUUAGCACCAGCUGACCCUAAACGCCACCGAUCAGACCCGUAUGUGAAGACGUAUUUAUUGCCGGAUAAGACACGUGGAGGAAAAAGGAAAACCAGAGUUAAGAAAAAUACUAUUUGUCCAAUUUUCGACGAAACUCUGCGUUAUCUUAUCUCUAAGAGUGAGGUGGAGAACAGGAUAUUGUGGGUCACUGUGUGGCACAAUGACAGGUUUGGUCGAAAUGACUUCCUUGGUGAAGUAUCCAUUAACUUCGACUACUUCCGGUUCGGGGACUCUGCACCUAAAUGGUACACCUUACAGGAAAGGGUGGAGACACAAACCACAUCACUGCUGACUUACCAAGGUGACCUAAUCCUGUCACUAAGGUUGGUAUCUAGGGACAAUGUGAAGGAGCUCCUCACAUCCCCAACCAAGACCAAGAGGAAGAAGGCUCAGCCAGAUGGGCAAUCUGGAUUCCAGUUACAGGUCCUUGUCAAGGAGGCAAGGAACCUCACUGCAGUCCGCUCCAAUGGAUUCUCCGACCCCUUCUGUAAAGCCUACCUGUUACCAGACAAGAGUAAGGGGCUGAAGCAGAAAACACCUGUGAUAAAAAGAGACUGUAACCCUAAGUGGAACUACAAGUUUAUAUUUGAUGACGUCAGCCCAGACGAUCUUAAGGAACGUGGCCUAGAACUAACUAUCUGGGACUACGACAAAAUCUCCAGUAACGACUUCUUGGGAGGAGUCCGACUCAGCCUUGGGCUAGGACGAAGUUAUGGUAAAAUUGUUGACUGGAAUGAUGCUAAAGGUGAAGAGAUAUCAAUAUGGCAAGCCAUGUUGGACAGACCUGAUUCUUGGAUAGAUGGUACAUUAAUCCUACGUCCAAAUAUGGACAAAAGAAGAUAUUAGAAUAUCUCCAUGCAUAUUUUUUACAUGAAGUUUGAUUGGAUGGAUUAGAAUUUAUAAAAAAAUCUCAUUUGAAUGAAAGGACUGACCUUGAUUGAGAAUGUGACUACUUUACUGUUACCCUGUGGAGUUACUUGGCCUAUAGUGUAUGUGAUGACCUAUAGUGUAUACGAUGACAUCAAAUGUGAAAAAACAAUAUGCUAUAAGGAACAGUGAUGGUUAUGUGUCAGGUAGAGUGAAACUUGACCAAACACAGAAUGUCUCUUGAUAUUGACAAGUUGUAAUUAAUUACAUACAAUUAAUACCAAAUAUGGGCAUACGGUGAAACACAAAUUCAAGUGAUAAUCAUUGUAUAUAUUGUUCUGACCAAAUAUGGAUAAAUCACACAAACUGGCAACAGGCAGUGAUAACAUGAUUAACUUUAUACCAAAUAUAGAAAUGAUGUAGAUUACCUGUGGUAAGCAUUCUUACCAUAGUAGUGAGUAUAUAUAUAUAUACUUAUUUAGUAGCUUUAAGACAUUUUUCUACAGUGCCUGGAAUCACUCUAUAUAUAUAAAUAACAUACAUUAGGUGCCUCAUCCUCAUACAUGUAUGAAAGCCUCAUUUUCAUUCAGAUUCUAUAUAUAAACCAGUUAAACUUCAUUCAUGUAUGGUAAACUUUAUGUAGUGAAGCUUACAUGAUUAACAAACUUCCAUUUCAUAUGUUCGGUUAAGUUUACAUGAUUAAAAUUCAAUGAACUUCAUCAUGUACAUGUAUGGUAAUUUUAUCAUGUAUACACAUAUAUAUGGUCAAUAUUUACAUGAAAAACAUUCACAAAACUUCAUCUUUACAUGUAUGGUAGAUUUCAUCUCGUACAUAAGUAUAUAUUAUGUAUAUGGUCAACUUUGGUACAAAACUGAUCUCAAUGUGUCAACGGCACAAUCCCAAAUCUACCAGCCUGUCCUUAAUCUAUCUUUUGUCAUUCUGAGUUACAUGUAUGAUUUGUGUGUUAUAUGGUAAACUAUCAUGACUUGUAACUAAUAUACGAUAUAAGUAGUGAAUUCACAUCACCUCAUCAGUUUUUGUCCUCUACAUCAGACUGAAUUCUGGUCAAUACACCAGUUGAUAUAUAUCUCAGUAACAAAACCUGGCUCUGAAGUUUUGUUAGAAAAGCUAAGCUGAUCCUGUAGUUCUGUGUGACAAAGACUUAGCUGACAGUUCUGUAGUUCUAUGUGACAACGGCUUAGCUAACAGUUCUGUAGUGAUGUGUGACAAAGACUUAGCUGACAGUUCUGUAGUUAUGUGUGACAACGGCUUAGCUAUAUAAACGGUUCUGUAGUUCUAUGGGACACAAAAAAGACUUAGCCACAUUAUGGAGUUAUCUGUGACAAUGACUUAGCUGACAGUUCUGUAGUGAUAUGUGACACUGUUAAACACCAAAUCUAAGUUCAACACCAAAUGUCAAUUCUACCAUACAUUUGUGCAAUAUAUUUACCAAAACAAACCAGACAGGUUCAUGCAAUGUAUGUUCUUCUUUAAUUCGUAUUUCUACGAUAUAUUUGUGGUUGUGCAAUGUAUGUACCAAGACUUAUGUAUACCAAAUAUCCUGAAGGUGUUUCAUCCAGACUAUUGUACAGAGGAUUGCAGUCAUGCAGUUCAUUUUUCAAUAUGUAGAGAUCGAGUAUAACCGACUCCCUGUUAAUUGUUAGCUUCAUGUUCAAUUAGAGUUUAUCAUACAAGACCUCACACAAAAAGGUGGUAGAACACUAUCUUAGUUCAGGCUGGGUAGGAGUAUUAUCUGGAUAGUAAAGUCAGACGAUCAUUCCUGUUAUAUCACAGAAAUAAGACUUCUAAUUACUGUAAUACAGGAACAUUCCUGUAUUGGUGAAUAUUAAUGGUAUCAACAGAAAAAUGGUCUGGUACUAGAAAGUCUUCUUAUUGAAGGAAAGUUUCGGCUCAGGAACAACCUUAAAGUUAUUGCAUUUAAAGAGGUACCAUCUGAUUAAUAUUAUUUGUGUAGGGUGAAAACAACAAAGCAAGCAAAAGCAGAAAUUUCCAGUGUUUCCUUUUCAUCAUUACUUUUUCUAUAAACAACUUUUAAAAAGGCUUAUUUUAAACAUUUAUGGAACCAAUUGGGUUUUUUUUAUCAGCCUGAACAUCAUUUAAUUCCCUCUUAGUUUGCUAAUUAGCCGUUGUUGUUGACAAUGUUAUUUUUGCCUCAUCGUUUAUCCUCUUUAAGCCAGGAAUCCAUUUUUGUAACAAGAUUUAAUUUAUCGAUUGCUUUAAUUUGUAAUUCAACAAUCCUCUACAAAUGAUAUUACAGGUCUGAAAGAGGUUGCUUUGUAUAAGGGAAUUUAAUUGCUAUACAAUGGAAAGUGUUAAAAAUAGAGAGGAUAAAAUGUCUGAUGAAAGGGGCAACCUAAACCAGUAUCGCAGAGGAAGAGUGAGUUGUCUCCCUUAGUUCAUAAUUACAUUCCUUAUAUAAUUUUGUAAGCUGUGCUUAUGCCAUUAACAUUUGAAUUUAUUUACAAAGAAGAUGAAACAAAUCAUUGUACACCAAAGCACUGUUAUUAUUGAAAUGUGAUGUAUGUAUUUGUGAUUUUUUUGUUUAAUUAGAAGAAUAGAAAUCAAACAUGUUAAAUCUAACAAAAUUACUUAAAUAAGUUGAGUAUCAUUCCUCAGUUAUGAUUUAUCAAUGAAAUAUUGGAUGUGAGAAUUAUAACAAAUAGAAUUUUGAUGUUUUGAGGUUGUAUGUACAUUGUAUUUGUAUUAGAUAUUUACCUACAUGUUAAAUUACCUAUGUUAUUUAUAUACGACUCCUGUAUAACUUCCUUCUGUCCUGUAUUCAAUGGUUUAUGGUGCUGUUUCCCUCCGUGGCUAAUUUUUUAAUUGUUGACGUGGAAUCUCAUUUUACAUGUAUAAUCCAGUUUGUUUACAAUCCGCAUAAUGAGUGUGUGUAAUACAGAGAAUUACCUGGAGCGCCAUAUGGUAGAGGUACAAAACUGUUCAAAGUGUUCUCACCAUGACAACACUUAUUAUCAUUCUGUUUGUAUAUACGAUAUAUUAUUAAGAAUUAAUAAACAUGGCGCCUUCCUUCCAUGUAUGCUGGUGAGCUGAACGAAUAUAAAGAUUUUCACAAAAACAGAUAUUGCUAGAUACGAUUCGCUAUGACAGUAGGAAAGGACAGUCUGUCCCCUAGUUCAUACAGGGUAACCCAGUGCUGGAAACAUACUCUUUGAAGGACAGAUAUCCAAUAAUGGGAGAUUUACGGAGAGAGACUAGAAUGUCAUCAGUAUUGUAUGGAUUUACAGAGAGAGACCAGAAUGUCGUCAGUAUUGUAUGGAUUUACGGAGAGAGACUAGAAUGUCAUCAGUAUUGUAUGGAUUUAUGGAGAGAGACCGGAAUGUCAUCAGUAUUGUAUGGAUUUACAGAGAGAGACCGGAAUGUCGUCAGUAUUGUAUGGAUUUACGGAGAGAGACUGGAAUGUCAUCAGUAUUGUAUGGAUUUACAGAGAGAGACUAGAAUGUCAUCAGUAUUGUAUGGAUUUAUGGAGAGAGACCGGAAUGUCGUCAGUAUUGUAUGGAUUUAUGGAGAGAGACCGGAAUGUCGUCAGUAUUGUAUGGAUUUACGGAGAGAGACUGGUAUGUCGUCAGUAUUGUAUUGAUUUACGGAGAGACUAGAAUGUCGUCAGUAUUGUAUGGAUUUAUGGAGAGAGACUAGAAUGUCAUCAGUAUUGUAUGGAUUUACGGAGAGACCGGAAUGUCGUCAGUAUUGCAUGGAUUUACGGAGAGAGACCGGAAUGUCGUCAGUAUUGUAUGGAUUCACAGAGAGAGACUAGAAUGUCGUCAGUAUUGUAUUGAUUUACGGAGAGACUAGAAUGUCAUCAGUAUUGUAUGGAUUUACGGAGAGAGACCGGAAUGUCAUCAGUAUUGUAUGGAUUUAUGGAGAGAGACUAGAAUGUCGUCAGUAUUGUAUGGAUUUACGGAGAGACCGGAAUGUCGUCAGUAUUGCAUGGAUUUACGGAGAGAGACCGGAAUGUCGUCAGUAUUGUAUGGAUUCACAGAGAGAGACUAGAAUGUCGUCAGUAUUGUAUUGAUUUACGGAGAGACUAGAAUGUCAUCAGUAUUGUAUGGAUUUACGGAGAGAGACCGGAAUGUCAUCAGUAUUGUAUGGAUUUAUGGAGAGAGACUAGAAUGUCAUCAGUAUUGUAUGGAUUUACGGAGAGAGACUAGAAUGUCGUCAGUAUUGUAUGGAUUUACGGAGAGAGACUAUAAUGUCAUCAGUAUUGUAUUGAUUUACGGAGAGACCGGAAUGUCAUCAGUAUUGUAUGGAUUUAUGGAGAGAGACCGGAAUGUCAUCAGUAUUGUAUGGAUUUAUGUAGAGAGACCGGAAUGUCAUCAGUAUUGUAUGGAUUUAUGGAGAGAGACUAGAAUGUCGUCAGUAUUGUAUGGAUUUACGAAGAGAGACUAAGAUGUCGUCAGUAUUGUAUGGAUUUACAGAGAGACCGGAAUGUCAUCAGUAUUGUAUUGAUUUACGGAGAGCGACCGGAAUGUCGUCAGUAUUGUAUGGAUUUACAGAGAGAGACCGGAAUGUCGUCAGUAUUGUAUGGAUUCACAGAGAGAGACCGGAAUGUCAUCAGUAUUGUAUGGAUUUAUGGAGAGAGACUAUAAUGUCAUCAGUAUUGUAUGGAUUCACAGAGAGAGACUAGAAUGUCGUCAGUAUUGUAUGGAUUUACGGAGAGAGACUAGAAUGUCGUCAGUAUUGUAUGGAUUUACGGAGAGACUAGAAUGUCGUCAGUAUUGUAUGGAUUUACGGAGAGAGACUGGAAUGUCAUCAGUAUUGUAUGGAUUUAUGGAGAGAGACCGCAAUGUCAUCAGUAUUGUAUGGAUUUACAGAGAGAGACGGGAUGUCAUCAGUAUUGUAUGGAUUUACGGAGAGAGACUAGAAUGUCAUCAGUAUUGUAUGGAUUCACAGAGAGAGACUAGAAUGUCGUCAGUAUUGUAUGGAUUUACGGAGAGAGACUAGAAUGUCGUCAGUAUUGUAUGGAUUUACGGAGAGAGACUAGAAUGUCGUCAGUAUUGUAUGGAUUUACGGAGAGAGACUGGAAUGUCAUCAGUAUUGUAUGGAUUUAUGGAGAGAGACCGCAAUGUCAUCAGUAUUGUAUGGAUUUACAGAGAGAGACGGGAUGUCAUCAGUAUUGUAUGGAUUUACGGAGAGAGACUAGAAUGUCGUCAGUAUUGUAUGGAUUUACGGAGAGAGACCGUAAUGUCAUCAGUAUUGUAUGGAUUUACAGAGAGAGACGGGAUGUCAUCAGUAUUGUAUGGAUUUACGGAGAGAGACUAGAAUGUCGUCAGUAUUGUAUGGAUUUACGGAGAGAGACUAGAAUGUCGUCAGUAUUGUAUGGAUUUACAGAGAGAGACCGGAAUGUCAUCAGUAUUGUAUGGAUUUACAGAGAGAGACCGGAAUGUCGUCAGUAUUGUAUGGAUUUACGGAGAGAGACCGCAAUGUCAUCAGUAUUGUACGGAUUUACAGAGAGAGGCCGGAAUGUCAUCAGUAUUGUAUGGAUUUAUGGAGAGAGACUGGAAUGUCGUUAGUAUUGAGUAAACUCCAUUGAUAGCAUUACAUGAAGAGUGCUAAUCUUUCGUUACCUGACCAAUUAUGACAGUUCUGAACAAAGAAAUCCACACAAAUUAUGUCCGAUCUGUUUUGUUAUGUACCCGUAUUUUACUAACCUGAUACACACUCUGCCCACAUGAAGCACUUUUAUUUGUGGAUCCUAAAAUGUAUAGAGCUGGCUCUGUGAUAAAAUUAUACAUGUGUAUCCAUUACCUUGUUCUCAAAAAUAAAUGAAAAAAAAAAAAUUACAUCUAAAGAAAAAGAAUAUGAAUAAAAUGGUGACAUCUAUGCAAUAAAGCUUUCUUAUGGUCUCUAAACACUUAAAGUAGUGUUUGAUUUGAAACUGUCUACUUUAUAGUCACCGAUAUUUUCCUUUUAAUGUUUAUAAUAUCACUUCCUAAAGUCACUCUCACAUUACAGAAUGUGAAGUUGCCUCGGAUACCAAGAGUACUACCGUAAUAUAGAUGUAUUAUAAAUAUGAAUAAAUUCUAUCGUGUUUAAAUAUUUUUGAACAGUUUUAUUACAUAAAUACGGUAUUAUUGCUUAUUUUUUGUUCAUUAUAUAUACAGUAUCGUUUAAGUGAUAUUUAUGAAGUAUAGAAUUGAAUGUAAAAUGUGAAGUUGUGACAAUUUGCAUGAUAUCAUAUUUGUUAAAUCUUUUUUUUUUUUUAAAUCAUAUAUUCUAUAAAGUUGCUGUUAAUUUUUAAACAACUUUCAUGAUAUAUACAUUCCAGUAUGAUUAAUUAAUUAAUGUAUAUUGCUCAUAAAAAGUUCUCAUGUUUUUGUACAUUGAAAACCCCAUCUUCAUAUGCCAUCCAGAUAUUCUGUUGUCCCAUUCAGAGUUUAAAUGUGUUUGUUUGAAAGUUGCAAUGUAUUGUAUAUGCAUAUAUUGUUAUUUUUUUCUAUUGAAGUUAAAUGUAUAAAAUUAUUCAUACCUGCUAUCUGAUUGUACAGAAUUUUUACUCCAUUUUCUACUAGAAUUUUUCACAUACCCCAGUGUUUUCAAAUGUUUCCUUUUCUCUUCAUAGAAACAGAAAUCAAUGAAAGCCUUCAUUCAGCAUUUAGCACCUAAAUGAGUUCUGAAUCAAACUGGCAGAAUUGUAUUUCCUAAGUCGUACUGUAAAACACUAAUGUACAAAGAGGUAAUGAUCCUGUACCACUAGGUAGAAAAUGUCAUACAAUGUACCUGUACAGGUCACUACCAUAGUACAAACAAUGUACCUGUACAGGUCGCUACCGUAGUACACACAAUGUACCUGUACAGGUCGCUACCGUAGUACACACAAUGUACCUGUACAGGUCGCUACCGUAGUACAUACAAUGUACCUGUACAGGUCGCUACCGUAGUACAUACAAUGUACCUGUACAGGUCACUACCGUAGUACAUACAAUGUACCUGUACAGGACACUACCGUAGUACAUACAACGUACCUGUACAGGACACUACCGUAGUACAUACAAUGUACCUGUACAGGUCGCUACCAUAGUACAUACAAUGUACCUGUACAGGUCGCUACCGUAGUACAUACAACGUACCUGUACAGGUCGUUACCGUAGUACAUACAAUGUACCUGUACAGGUCGCUACCGUAGUACAUACAAUGUACCUGUACAGGUCGCUACCGUAGUACAUACAAUGUACCUGUACAGGUCGUUACCGUAGUACAUACAAUGUACCUGUACAGGUCGUUACCGUAGUACAUACAAUGUACCUGUACAGGUCGUUACCGUAGUACAUACAACGUACCUGUACAGGUCGCUACCGUAGUACAUACAAUGUACCUGUACAGGUCGCUACCGUAGUACAUACAAUGUACCUGUACAGGUAGCUACCGUAGUACAUACAACGUACCUGUACAGGUCGUUACCGUAGUACAUACAAUGUACCUGUACAGGUCGUUACUGUAGUACAUACAAUGUACCUGUACAGGUCGCUACCGUAGUACAUACAAUGUACCUGUACAGGUCGUUACCGUAGUACAUACAAUGUACCUGUACAGGUAGCUACCGUAGUAUAUACAACGUACCUGUACAGGUAGCUACCGUAGUACAAACAAUGUACCUGUACAGGUCGCUACCGUAGUACAUACAACGUACCUGUACAGGUCGCUACCGUAGUACAUACAAUGUACCUGUACAGGUAGCUACCGUAGUAUAUACAACGUACCUGUACAGGUAGCUACCGUAGUACAAACAAUGUACCUGUACAGGUCGCUACCGUAGUACAUACAAUGUACCUGUACAGGUCGUUACCGUAGUACAUACAAUGUACCUGUACAGGUAGCUACCGUAGUAUAUACAAUGUACCUGUACAGGUCGCUACCGUAGUACAAACAAUGUACCUGUAUAUGUGACAGUAUAAGUACUUGUACAGGUAUUGUUAAUGUUUUGGUUGUAGAGUAGGACUAACCCCGUGUUACUAAGCAUGUAUAAACCAAUUUGUGGUAAAAGUGUGUUGACUGUAUAUGAUGUCCCUUGAACUGGUACAAAAUAAAAAAAUUCAAGUUUUCUUCAAAACGUUAAAGUUAAUACUUAACCUUUAUAGUUCAGCAUUUAUUCAUAAAUAGUAUUCAAUUAAUCAUUGGCUUUACAGAAAACAGAUGUUCAGUAAGUACAUUUUCAACAUACAUAUAGGUAUAAUAGUAAUGUCAGUUACUAUCUACAACCAAGAAAUAGGCGUGGCUCCUCUACAGGGGACUAACUGAAUACCAAAAAUAAUCCGGUUACAGUAAACUUUCAAUUAAUCACCAAGGGGCUUAUUAUCUAUUUUACAACAAAUUAUUCAAAUUUAUUAAAGCAAAAGUUACAAAAGAUUGCAUCUAUAUGACAAAUGAAUAUAUGGCAAAGAAAUCAUCAGUUCAGAUGACAACUUUGAAUGUAUCCUGUCAUGCCAGGAUCAAUAGAGAAACAAAGUUUAAGGAUUUUUAUAAUCAAAAUAUUUUAAAUUUGUAAUUUAUUUUAAGCAUAUUUGGGUUUGUCUGCUUUGCAAUGACUAUAUUGGAAAUCCUAACAUUGGAGUGGUCUCCCCUUGGUCAGAGAGUCUGUCUCCUGCUGCCAGAGUUGUGCAGCAUACUUUAUUUUGCACUGCUGUUCAUCUAUGUAUACAAACAACUAAAUACUCAAAAGUAAAACAUGUAAAAUGA